AUGGCGCAACCCCGCGGGGCGCCGCCGCUCCUCCACCCCCGCCCGCACCGGCGGCUCCUGCGCUCGCAGAUCUCGCGCUGCGCCUGCCUGCUCCUUGCCUUCGCCGCGCUCCUCCUCCUCUCCUCCCUGCACCAGGUCGUGCGGGUCGACCUAUCCCGCCUGGACCCGGACCCGCCCCGCCAGGCCCGUUUCGCGAUCCCUCCUUCUCCAUUUUGGUUACUGGUGUCAAGCGAUCAACUGUGGGCUUCUAAUGGCUAUGGUUAUCAUGCUUGUGUUACACCAACCUCUAGAUAUAAGGUUCAAGGCAAGUCAGACAGCUACAUGACUGUUAGAAGUAAUGGUGGACUCAACCAAAUGCGCACUGGAAUCUGUGAUAUGGUCGCAGUUGCCCGUUUGGUGAAUGCAACACUUGUUAUCCCUCAGUUAGAUAAGCGAUCCUUCUGGCAAGAUACCAGUACAUUUAAAGACAUAUUUGAUGAGCCUCAUUUUAUUAAAGCUUUGGAAGGAGAUGUCCACAUUGUGAGUGACUUGCCUGGAAGUUUGCAAUCUGCUCCAAGAGCCCGGAAACACUUCACCUCAUGGUCUGGUGCAAGUUAUUAUGAGGAAGUGAAAGAGCUCUGGAAGAAUCAGAAGAAGCUAGUAGAACGUCUAAGAUCUCGUGGGAAAUAUAUUGCUCUUCAUCUACGAUAUGAAAAGGAUAUGCUAGCAUUUACGGGAUGCACUUACGGUCUGAGUGAUUCGGAAGCAAAUGAGUUGAGAAUUAUGAGAGAGAGAACAAGCCACUGGAAACUGAAGGAUAUAAACUCAACUGAACAGAGAUAUGAAGGCAACUGUCCACUGACUCCAAAUGAGGUGGGCAUUUUUCUGCGUGCUAUGGGCUAUCCUGAAUCCACAUGGAUAUACCUUGCAGCAGGUGAAAUUUAUGGUGGUGAAAAGUAUAUAUCAAAAUUGAGAUCGUACUUCCCAAAUUUGGUUAGCAAGGAGAUGCUAGCAACAAAAGAAGAGUUUGAGAAAUUCAAUAAUCAUGCCUCUCAAGUUGCUGCCCUUGAUUACAUAAUUGCAGUUGAAAGUGAUGUGUUUGUUCCAUCACACUCUGGCAAUAUGGCAAAAGCCGUAGAAGGCCAUCGUCGAUUUCUAGGGCAUCGUAAAACUAUCACUCCUGACAGGAAAGGAUUGGUGGAACUCUUUGAUUUGCUGGAAAAAGGCGAUCUCAUGGAAGGUCCUAAGCUGUCAUCACUUGUUACUGAGAUGCAUAAAUACAGACAAGGGGCUCCAAGGAAGAGGUAUGGCUCCUUGCCAGGAAGCAAGGGCAGAGCACGGCUUAGGACUGAGGAAUCUUUUUAUGAAAACCCAUUUCCUGAGUGCAUCUGUUUGACUGGGAGGCACUGA